AUGGUGAAACUACAAACCUUCAUGACUUUGCUAACAUUCUUAUUGCUUUCUUCCACCGCCACCGCCACCACCCGUCACGCCACCCUAGGCCGCCGCGGUCUAGCAACAUAUUGUGACCCCGUUUUCGGAACCUGUACCCAAUACCAAUGGCCAUUUUCUCCCAUCAUUUCCAACCACCACUAUAUACCUAGAUCAUUUAUCCGCCACCAGUCUCCGCCGCUCCUCGCCGGUUCAUUGCCACCCGUAGUAGUCCCGUCACCGCCUCCCGUGUUUACAAACCCCUCUUUCACACCAUCAUCUGGUUACGCAAACCCGACUUUCUCACCACUAGUUGCAUCACCACCACCACCAGGAAACACCAUCCCUAGUGUUUUCCCUGAACUGCCGCCAAAUGGCGGUUAUAUAACGUAUUCUCCACCGGUUGGUGGUAAUCUACCACCAAUCAUGGGUAAGAAUCAGCCUGGGGUGGUCUUUAUGUCACCACCCCAACAAAGGUGGUCAGCACCUGCUGGUGCUGACCUCCCGCCAAUUGUUGGAGAACUGCCACAACAACGGCCGGAAGAUGUCGUAAUGCCGCCGCCAGUGGGUGGCAAUGCUAGGAUGAAAGUGAAACCACAAUUACCACCAGUAGUGCAAUCCCCUCCUGCUGCCUAA